AUGAAUAAACAAUCAACUUCAAUGGAAGUUAAUGUCAAUGGUAUAGAUGAGAAUAUUUUCUCACUAACCGAUGUUUCACUAACUACAAACGAUAUUAUUCAGAAAGAAAAUAACGAUGAAAUUGAAGAUAAAUUAAUUUCAACAAAAAAAUCUUGGUGUUCAAUAUUAAAUCCAAUUGUUCAACGAGUUCUUGGAUUUAGUUUAUUUUCAGUUAUGGCAAUUCUUCUUGGAACACUUAUUGUUUGUUACACAACACCAAAACCGACAGUGAAAAAAUGUGAAUUAAACUUCGUUCAAACAAAUCCAAAUCCAAUUGAAUAUAAUUAUCGUCCACGAUCAGUUGCUACAUGUGAUUUUAAUAACGAUAAUUGGUUAGAUAUUGUCAUUGUCAAUUCUGUUGUAAAUAGUAUUGGCAUAUUUUUGGGAGAUGGUAAGGGAACUGUACAUAAAUCGAUAACACUUUCAACUGGUUCUGCAUCUAAUCCACAUAUGGUUGCUGUUGGACAUUUAAACAAUGAUACUUGGAUAGAUAUUGUUGUGGCAAAUUUCGGUACAAAUAGUAUUGGAAUCUUUUUUGCUAUUGGAAAUGGAUCAUAUGAAAAUAUGAAAAGUUUCUCAAUAGGAUCAUCACGACCUAUUUGGAUUCUUCCAAUUGAUAUAAAUAAUGAUACAUUACUUGAUAUCAUUACAGUUAAUUAUGGUACGAACAGUAUAAGUAUAUUCUAUGGAGAUAAAGAAAAGAUUUUGUCCAAUCCAGUGACAUUUUCAUUAGGUUAUGAUUCUUUACCGAUGUCAAUUACUGCUGCUGAUUUGAAUAAUGAUAAUUAUAUUGAUCUUGCUAUCGCUAAUUAUGGUACAGAUGAUAUUACUUUACUCUUUGGAGAUAAGAAUCAAACUUUCUUAAAUAGACAAACAUUUUCCACAGGUAUCCAUUCUCAUCCAUAUGCAAUUGCCAUUGGUCAUUUAAAUCAUGAUAAUCUCGUAGAUAUUGCUGUUGCAAAUUUUGGAUCGAAAAGUAUUACUAUAUUUUUCAGUUAUAUCAAUGGAAAAUUUCAAAAUCAAACGUCGUAUGCGAUCAAUAGUGCUGCACCGUGUGCAAUUGGUAUUGCUGAUUUAAAUAACGAUCAAUUAUCUGAUGUAAUUGUUACUAAUGUAGACAGUAACAAUUUGGGUGUAUUUUUAGGAAAUCAUUAUGGAACUUUAACAGGUCCAAAAUUCUAUUCAACUGGAUCAUCUUCUUCGAUUUCAUUGGCUAUUAAUGACUUUAAUAAUGAUCAUCGAUUGGAUGUUGUUAUUGUCAAUAAUGAUACGAAUAGUAUCAAUAUUCUUCUAGGAUAUUAUGAAGGAUUUCCAAUUUCACAAACAUACUCUGUUAGUUCAUCACCAUACUCUGUAGCUGUUGGUGAUAUAAAUAAUGAUGAUUAUUUAGAUUUUGUCGUUGUUGAUCAAUAUGAUGGAACUCUGAAUAUCUUUCUUGGAUAUGGAAAUGCAUCAUUUACUACAAACACGAUUUAUUCUGGUUAUUCUAAUUUAUAUACUGUAGUUCUCGGUGAUUUAAAUAAUGAUAAUUAUUUAGAUAUAGUUGUAACUUACUCUGCUGGAGAACAAGUAAACGUUUAUCUCGGUUAUGGAAAUGGAUCAUUUUCCGAACUAGAUUUUUAUUAUGUUGGUUGGUAUCCAUGGUCUGCUGCACUUGGUGAUUUCAAUAACGAUACAUAUUUGGAUAUUGUUGCUGCCAGUACAUAUUAUAAUGAUAUAAGUAUUCUUCUUGGAAAUGGUGAUGGAACUUUUCAAGAUGAAAUUAUAUACACUGUUGGUUCUUCACCACAAGGUGUAACUGUUGGUGAUUUUAAUAAUGAUAAUCGAUUAGAUAUAGUAACUAGUAAUGCAGGUGGUAAUGAUGUCAGUGUUCUGUUAGGUUAUGGUAAUGGUAGUUUCAUGGAACAACAACGAUUUGCAAUCGGAUCUUCAUCAUGGUCAUUAACUGUCGCUGAUGUCAAUAACGAUGAACGAUUAGAUAUCAUUACUGCUAAUCAAGGUAGUCAAGAUGUAAGCGUUUUACUUGGUUAUGGUAAUGGAUCUUUUCACAAUCAAACUAGAUAUCAAACUGACUAUAAUCCACGUUCUGUCACCGCUUGUGAUAUUAAUAAUGAUACUUAUGUGGAUAUUGUUACUGCUAAUACCAAUGGAAACACGAUCAGUUUAUUAUUAGGAUUUGGAAAUGGAACGUUUGCCAAUGAACUAAGAUAUGCAACCGGUUCCAUGCCGAGAUCUGUAGCUGCUGGUGACUUCAAUGAUGAUCAACGAUUAGAUGUUGUUGUCGCUGAUCAAUCAGACGGAACCGUCAAAUUACUACUUGGUUAUGAUCGAGGAGCUCUAUCAAACAAUUUCGUGUUGUCAUCUGCUAGUGGUUCUCGCCUAAAAUAUAUUGCAGUUGAUGAUCUGAAUAACGAUACAAAUUUAGAUAUGAUUGUUGCAAAUUACGGUACCGGAGAUGUUGGUAUCUUGUUUGGUAAUUCCAAUGGUACAUUUCAAGAUCAGAUUGAAUAUGCAGUAGAUUCCAAUACUUAUCCGUACUCAUUGGUCCUUCAAGAUUUUAAUAAUGAUGGACAUACAGAUAUUGCAGUUGCGAAUCGAGGUGGUAACAAUGUUGCUAUGAUGCUUGGAAAUGAAAAUGGAACUUUUAUAAAGCAAAUUACCUUUGGUAAUGAUUUUAGCAUUUCUCCAUUGUUGGUCGCUGCUGGUGAUUUUAAUGAUGAUGGACGAUCAGAAAUUGCUCUCAUACAUGAUCAAAUAGAUAACAUCGAUUUAUUUUUCUCAUACGACACAGGAACUUUUACUUUGAAAUAUACAUAUGAUGCCGGUUCUCUUCCAGUAAAUGCAGCUACUGGUGAUUUUAACAGCGAUACUUAUUUAGAUGCAGUCGUUGUUAAUCAUUGGGCUGGUACUUUCAGUGUCUAUCUGGGAAGAGGUGAUGGUUCCUUCACCAAUCAAACUGUUUAUAAUGCUCAUUUCUAUUCGGAUUCUGUCGCUGUAGGUGAUCUAAAUAACGAUAAAUCAUUAGAUAUCGUAAUUACAAAUAAUUUAGAUAAUAGUAUUAGUAUCUAUUGGGGUUUUGGAAAUGGAUCAUUCUCGAAUGAAACCUCUUAUUCGGCUGGUAAUUGGCCAACUAGUGUCGUUCUGUCCGAUUUUAAUAACGAUACUCUAUUAGAUAUCGUUGUUGCUAGUUCAAGCUCUUAUUAUAUCAGUGUUCUAAUUGGCAAAGGUAAUAACACAUUUGCCAAUGAAGUUACGUAUUAUGGUGGAUGGUAUUUAUAUUCAUUAUCGGUUGGUGAUUGUAAUAAAGAUGGAAUAAUAGAUAUUUUUGUUGCCGAUUCCUAUUACAGUGGUGUAAGUGUUCUUCUCGGAUUAGGUGACGGAUCUUUUAAAUAUAAAACAUGGUUUGCAGUUGGUAAUAAACCAACAUCAUUAGCUGUUGGUGAUUUUAAUGAAGACAAUAACUUAGAUAUUGUUGUUGGUAAUAGUGGUAAUAGCACAAUAAGUGUACAUUUAGGUUUUGGAAAUGGAUCAUUUUCCACGGGAAUAACACAUUCUACUGGAACUUCCACAACGAGUAUCAAUGUUGCUGAUUUGAAUAAAGAUAAACGAUUAGACAUUGUUAUUACUAAUUUUGCUGAUAAUAUGAUGAGUAUUUUUCUUGGUUUAGGCAAUGGAUCUUUUUUUGAUCGAGUUAUAUAUUCAACUGGUUCUAAUCCUAUGUCAACUGUGAUCACUGAUUUCAACAAUGAUACUCGAUUAGAUAUUCUUCUUGUAGUUAAUGGUGCUUUUCAAAUGAAUAUCUAUCUUGGUUCAAUCAAUGAAGCCUUUGUAAAGAAAAUGUCACUUGCAACUGGUAUUGGUUCUCAACCAAAAUCAUUAAUUAUUGGUGAUAUCAACAAUGAUGAACAUUUAGAUAUUGUUGUAGCAAAUUCAGGUACAAAUACUAUUGGCGUUUUUCUCGGAUAUGGAAAUCUUUCUUUUACGGAACAAAUGUUAUAUUCAAAUGAUCAUUCUCCUCAAUCUCUUGCUAUGGGCGAUUUUAAUGAUGAUACUUUGAUGGAUAUUGUUGCUGCUAACUAUAAGAAUGAUAAUAUUGAUGUAUAUUUUGGUCGCGGAAAUGGAACUUUCUUUCUAAACAACAUAACACUUGAAACUGGUUCACAAACGAAACCAUACGCAAUUGCUGUUGGAAUGUUCAAUAAUGAUACCUUCUUAGAUAUUAUUGUCGCUAAUUAUGGAAGUAAUAAUGUUGGCAUCUUUUUGGGAUAUGGUGAUGGUUCGUUUAUGGAUAUGAAAGUUUUUGCAAUUGGUUAUGGAUCCCUUCCGUUUUCUAUUCUUCCUGGUCAUUUCAAUAAUGAUCAAAUGUUGGAUUUUGUAGUGGCCAACGAAGGAACUGACAAUUUAAAGAUCUUCUUACAAACGUGUUAA